ACCUGUGAUGUGAAAGAGGAUUCCUCCGUUUUUUUUCUGUCUGAAGUGCUCGGAGUUUAAUGUUAGCCCGCAAGCGCUGGAAAUUUCCACAGUACACUCGCGGAGGAGAGGACUGGUUAUAGUUCAGCUCGGGGAUUAUUGUUUCUCUUCAUAUAGUCGCUCAAAACAUUUUCUAUUUUUCCAGCACAAGCAGUAACGCAGGGGGAGAAAAGACGCACUCACUUUACACACACACACACACACAUCUCACACAGGCAUAGACACUGUUAGAGUUUCUGUGACAACUCACAAGUUGCACAAGUCGGGGAAUUUUUGUUUUUCUUCUUGUUGUUUAUUAUUACUAUAAUUUUUUUUAACGCAUGGAUUUGGAGUGAAGUUCAUACAGAGACUGUUUUCCAGAAGCUCAAGUUUUCUGCUGAAUCCAGUGCAUGGUGUUGUCGAGCGAGAUGAAAGACGAGUUCACAGAAGAAGAGGAUGUCCAAUCAUUUGGAUACAAGAGAUUUGGUUUUCAGGAGGGAACUCAGUGUACUAAGUGUAAGAGCGAGUGGGCGUUGAAGACCGCUAUAGGACUGCUCUAUGUUCUUUGUAUCUUCCUCACCAUUGCUGUAGCCAUCCUGGGUUACAAAGUGGUUCAGAAAGUGGAUGGUGUUAGUAAAGGAGUGCACAGCUAUGAGGGAAAAAUCAAUGCUAUGGUGACGGAUGUAAGAAAGAUCGAUGAUGAAUCUGGUAUGAAUUUGAAGAACACUUCCAGUGAGCUGCAGAUGUUUCGUUCUGGAUUAUCAGGAUUGCGUCAAAAACUGUCUGCAGCCUCUAACUCCGUCAAAAGCAACGCUGCCAACCUGCAGCAGCUCCGAUCCUCAUCACAAGAAAUGCUUUCCCUGCAGGCGAAUUUAAAAUCGCAGCUAAGUGCCCAGGCCGCUGCGCUGCACUCUGCUAAUGCUACGCUAUUUUCCGUUGCUGCCAACACACCUACACUGCAGGAAGACACCGCACGGCUUCAGCACGACUUGCAAAUGCACAUCAAUGCACAGCGGCAGCUCCAGCUUGCCAUCGAUCGUCUCAACUUCACACAAAUGUAUCAGGACACUAUCACAACUGCACUGCAGCGUUCAAUGGAAGCAGCAGAUAUGAAUACGCAGGGUGUGUAUAGCGAUGUGCUCGCGCUACGGAGAGAGACGCAGCUAGUGGGCAGCAUUGAGGAUUGGAUCAGGGAAAAGAUCAUAACUCUGGAAAGAGCCGAAUUCAAUGCAUCAACCCAUGUUCAGAUCACCACACAGGGACUUGGGGACGUGAACAUGCAGUUAGCUAAUAUCUCCAGUCAAAUUCUCAACAUUAGCACACUCAGCGAUGAGAAUGCAGCAAACAUGAGAGAGCUACAGGAACAGCAGCAGGAUUAUGGCAGUCGAAAGAGUGCUCGCUUUGAGAGAAUGGAGGAAAGGCUGGAUGCAGCAGAAGAAAAUGUUGACAGGGUCACAGGCAAUGUGAGCUAUACGACGAGGAUGCUGGGGGGAGUGAACGGAGAACUCGCUGCUUUGCGAAGCUGCUCGGACACAGUGGGACAACAUUCAGACUUCCUGUUGAAUUUGAACAAAACUGUGGUUGAGACACAAUCAGAAGGGUCUGCUCUGAAGUCCCAGCAGGAUGAUCUGUCUGUUCGGCUGGACAAAGAAGUCAGCAGUCUUUCCAUUAUCAUGGAAGAAAUGAAGCUUGUCGAUACCAAGCACUCUCAGCUUAUCACCAAUUUCACAGUAUUGCAGGGCCCUCCUGGUCCAAGGGGUUCCCGUGGUGAAAAAGGGCCACCUGGGGCAGUUGGUCCUCCUGGUCAGAAGGGUGAGAGAGGUGAUAAAGGAGAGGCAGGUGAUCCAGGUGCUCAGGGAGAAAAAGGAAGCGCUGGCCCUUUUGGUUUUUCAGGUGUCCCGGGUUUGCAAGGGCUUCGAGGUAGCCCAGGGCCCAAGGGAUUACGAGGGUCAGGAGGCCGUGCAGGCCCCCAAGGCACAAAAGGAGAGCCUGGCACACCUGGACAGCCAGGCAAAGAUGGGAAUCCAGGGCCCAUUGGUUCUCAUGGGCCCCCAGGUAUUCGUGGACCAGUUGGUCCUGUAGGGGAUCCAGGACAGAUGGGACUACCAGGGCCUAUGGGACCUCCAGGACCACCAGGAUUACCAGGCAGGGCAUCACCAAUACCAACGAUACCUGUCCCACCAGAACGUGCUCCACUGCUGGUUGCAACAAGAUCACUGCCAGGUGAAGUCGGCUGCCCUGCUGACUGGCUAAGGUUCAUGAAUAGCUGUUACUUCUUCUCUACUGAAAAACUUGUUUUUGACAACGCUCUACAAAAGUGCAGCGGAAUGUCUUCAUCAAUGGUCAUCAUCAAUAAUAAUGAAGAACAGGUCUGGUUACAGCUCCACACAAUAGGUAGAGGCUAUUUUUGGUUGGGAUUGACAGAUCGACAGAGAGAGAACGUCUGGUUGUGGGAGGAUGGCUCAGAGCCUACUUUUAGGAACUGGAGGUCUGGUCAGCCUGAUAACUGGGGCCACGGGAAUACUGAAGGGGAGGACUGUGCAGGCCUUGUUUAUGGAGGCAAGUGGAACGAUUUCCCCUGUAAUGACCAGCUCGGGUUAAUUUGUGAGAGAGCAGUAAACAGUUGAAGUGUGUGAAAAUGGAAGGGCAUCCCAAUGGACCGAUAAAUGUGGUCAAAAGACCUCACGGCUUGUGAUCAGAGAUUGACGACUCUGUUUGACAAGUAGACUUGAUGCAGGUACGAUGAAAGUGGAAAGACCAUGUAGUAGAAGUAGUAAGCUGCAGUGUUUGGUGAAAGAUGAGUUAUUUCAUGUCUAAUGUCAAUAUGGCAUUACAUAAUGUUUUCAUUUCUGCAUAGUCAGUUACAAAUCGUUAAGGAGCCAUGGACAUUUUGCUGUGAGCUAAUCAGAUGUAAAGAACCAAAUGAAUGUGCAUUUCAGUGGAAUUCUCUACUAUUACAUGUAUUCAUUUUUGCAAUAUGAUGCUUUUUUUGUAUUAUUAAUGAAUUCUAAUCUGACAUAUUAUACUGUAUAUACCCCCUUUUUGCACACAUACACCUAGUUUCUACCUAUAAACAAGCAAAUAAACAAAUAAAUAAUGGAAUAAAAGUAUGUAAUAAAUGAGUUCAUAAUAAAUGAAUCAUAUUUGG